AGCGCGUGCGGGUGUCACGUCGUCGGAGGCGGGGUGUCCGGGCUGGGUUUCCUGGGCGACCACCGCGGGCUGGACCGCUAGCCGAGUGCGCGGGCUUUGUAGGCAUGGCGGCCCUUCCAGGGCUGCAGGCCGACUGCGAGGAGCUGCUCAGCCGCUUCCAGGAGACGGACAGCGUGCGCUUCGAGGACUUCUCGGCGCUCUGGAGGAGCAUGAAGUUUGGGACCAUCUUCUGUGGCAAAAUGAGAAAUUUAGAAAAGAACACAUUUACAAAAGAAGCUUUAGCUUUGGCUUGGCGAUAUUUUUUACCUCCAUAUGCCUUCCAGAUCCGAGUGGGUGCUUUGUAUCUGCUGUAUGGAUUAUAUAACACCCAACUGUGUCAACCAAAACAAAAGAUUAGAGUUGCCCUGAAGGACUGGGAUGAAAUUUUAAAAUUUCAACAAGAUUUGAUAAAUUCGGAACAUUUUGAUGUAGCCUAUAUUUUUAGGAAGCUACGACUAGACAAAGCAUUUCACUUUACAGCAAUGCCCAAAUUGCUGUCAUUUAGAAUGAAGAAAAAAGUUCAGCGCACUCCAGUUACGGAAGAAUUUAAGGAACCAAAUGAUCGUGUAAUGAAACUUAUCACUUCUGAUGUAUUAGAGGAAAUGCUGAAUGUUCAUGAUCUUUAUCAGAACAUGAAACAUGUAAUUUCAGCUGAUAAGUCCAAUCCAAACAAAACCCUCAGCUUGGUAAAGGAUGAUUUCUUUGAUAAUAUUAAGACCAUAAUUUUGGAGCAUCAGCAGUGGCACAAAGACAGGAAGAAUCCAUCCUUAAAAUUGACAGGUAAAGAUGGAGAAGAAGAGAGGGAAGGAAAUUCACAAGAAUCAGAGUCGUGUGAAAGGGCAGCAUCAUUAGCAAAAAUAAAAUCCAAGGCCUUUGCAGUUGUUGUUCAGGCUUCCAAGUCAAGAAGGCAUCGCCAAGUCAGACUUGACUCUUCUGACUCUGAUUCUGCCUCUGGUCAAGCAACCAGGGAAAAAAGAAAGAAAGAAACAUUGAAAUCCACUGGAAGGAAGAAGUCUUCCAGAAAAAGAGAUGACAAGCAGAAUGUACAUAAGGAAGAUAGAUGUUUGAGUCUGAGUAUGCCUGUUAUUACAGAGGAGGAUGAGGAGAACGGAAGUCAGAGUGAAACAGGUACAGAGGUCACAUCACUCAAGAGGAAAAGAAAACCCAGAACAAAGAGGCUGGUGUAGUCCAGUUUUGAGCUUUCCGACAGGAGAGUUACAUUCUGUGUAUGGAACAGGAAGACUGCCACUAUUAAAAACAAUCCUUCUGGGAAACUGUAGGUGA